AUGUUAGAAAAGUUUGAUUAUGACUUAAUUAAAAGUGCAGCAAAUAAUGAUACAAAAAAAUUAAGAGAAAUUUUAGAUUGUGGUGUUGAUAUCAAUAUGAUGGAGUUUGACAAGGGUACAACAGCGUUACAUAUAGCAUGUUCAAGGGGAAAUAAACAAAUUAUCGAACUUUUAGUAUCAAGAGGAGCAGAUGUUAAUGUACAAGAUAAUAGAGGUGUAACACCAUUGCACUCUUUGGUAACCAACAGAUACGAUAUUUUAGCAUUGUGGUUAAUUCGUCAUGGUGGUAAUAUUAAAAUUCAAGAUAAUAAUGGUUUUGCACCAUACGAUUAUGCUCAAGGUUGGUUUCAAAGAGAAAUGGUACUAGCAUCUGAGGGUAAAACUUCCCAAUCUGAAGAACAAUUGGAAGAACAACAAAAAGAAAUCAAGCAAAAAGAAGAGCAAUAUCAACAACAGGUUUCAACUUUAAAGAGACAGAUGGUAGAGUCUGCAAGUACCAGUGGUGCCUCAUCAGCAACCUCACCAAAGAUGUCUGGAUAUGAUACUGUUAAGGGUGGCAUUUUAAUGAAUUCCUCCGAAGUUUUAAAGGUUUUCUUUAGAGGUGAAUCCUAUAAAAGUGUUAAAGUUUCAAAUACUGAUACCGCCAGAGAUCUUUGUAAAAUUAUGGCAGAGAAGUUUAAUAUGCCAUCAUACGAUAAAUGUUUUGAUAUUUGUGAAACUGUCAAGGGUAGAACUCGUUUUUUACAACCAACAGAUUAUUUAAUUCCAGCAAAAUCAAAAUGGCCAAUUAUUGUCGGUACUUCUGGUAAUGAAACCCAUCUCCAUUGUUUCUUUUCAGUAAUCAUAAGAAAAACUGCUCCAAAAGAAGCUGUUGAGUUAUUUGAAAAAGUUUUAUAG